AUGCGCGGAACUGCCGAUGACGAUGCCCGCAUUCCUUCCCUGCCCAAGCACCUCCGAGUCGCGUUCCUCCUGCCCGCACUGCAUCGAUCGCAAAAUGGUCAGCCAGUAUCCGCCCCGGCCUCGAUUGACCCGGCUAGACACCAAGCCCCGAUCCUCGGGCUCCUCAACCUCCAGCUUCUCUUCGACAUCGACAUCCAUGGCCUCGAUCCCGUCACCACCGGCAAUGACCGAAAUCGAGCCUCAGCCCCACCCCCCAAAUCCCAGGAGGACACCCCGCCGGUCUCGACCAACUUGUCUCGAAAUUCCAAUGAGGUCCUGCAUCUGGAAGAGUUGGAACUAAUGAUGCACUGGUGCACGACAACAUACCGAUCGAUGGCCCGGGACGACGCCGCCGAGCCGCUGUGGCAGACAGUAAUCCCUCAUCUAUCGCUGCGACACCCGGCUCUGCGGCACGGGCUCCUGGCACUGUCGGCGCUGCAUCUGGCCAAGGCCAGCGGCAGCCCCGAGCGGAAAUGGCGGUACAUGGUCAGCGCGCGCGAGCACCAAACACGGGCCCUGGCGGGGAUCGAGCUGGACGAGGGACAGGACCUGACGACGGCGCAGUGCAACGCGACAUUCGCGUUAUGCUGCGUCAUGAUCACGUUUGCGUUUGGAUACUGCCUGAUCGAGGGCCGCGACGAUACAGAAACCGACGAGCAGCUCGACGUGCUGGACGAGUUCCUGGAGAUCUUCCAGCUGACACGCUGGCUCGUCUGCGUCAUGAUAGGGCUCAUCGACCGCAUUUCGGCCGGCGAGCUGAGCCCGCUGGUGCGGCCUGAACAGCCGUCUGCCACCAUGCCGGACAUGUCGCGUCUGGUAAUCCUGUCGCUGCGCCGCCAGAACGGCAUCGAGGGCCUGCGCGACCCGGCCCACGAGAGGGACAUCUAUGACCAGGCCAUUGGCCAUCUCGGUGCCCUGCUCGAGCAGCUGAUGAGGGGUGGCGAGCCCAAGAUGUUUGCGUUUUGCUGGAGCUUCCGUAUUCCAUACGUGUUCCUGGAUCUCGUGCGCCGCCGUCGCCCUUUCGCCUUGAUUGUUCUCGCCCAUUAUGCCGUAGUUCUCUACCAUCUACGCGACUCGUGGUGGAUGGGCGACUGGGGCACCCGUGUUCUCGAGCAGAUUGGCGAUUGUCUCGACUCGGAAUGGCGCCAGCAUCUGAGCUGGCCUAUCAAUGCCACGGGCUGUUUUCUCCCGGAGAGCUAA